GCAAACCAGCUGCACUUAUUUGUGCCAUGUCGAGGUAAUGUUCCACUGUGUACUUGGAAUAUUAGAGGAAAUGAAACAAAAUACUGAAACCAGCAUUCGGAGAUGAUCUUUUUAGUCCGACGCUGAUGGAGUUCGACAGUGUCGACGCACACUCGGCGAGCACGGUAUUUGAACACAGGCGGAGAGCACGUAUUCAACAUGUACGGAGUAAGGUGCUAAUGUUGUACGAUCCAUAUCAAAGACUAAGUUAUGAUUGACAACGGAUAACCUUCGUGAAUGACCGAGGACUAGAACGCAUUUUGAGACCAAGGUCAGCUCCCAGACAACAUCGUGCUGAAACUGACACAGUGGGGAUGUUGGCACGUUUGGGAAAUGCCUCUGUUUAUUUUAGAUAACAAAGAAUCAUCUUUAUGUUCUUUCACAUUUCUGAACCGAAUGACUGAAGCCUUGCUUUCAGUGUUCAGGAGGGACGGUUCUGCAGCCUCCUCGGAAUUAAUUAAACCGAAUCAUGUAGGCUAGCUGUUGUCUGUUCUCUUCAUUCGUAUUUUUUUUUUUUUUGAAUAAUCCGAUCUCUGCUGGUCUUACUUUCACCUGAAAGCGGUAACCUCUUUUCAGUGGAAAUCAAACCCGAUGAUAAGCGAACAUGGACUUCAUGGACUGUCCGAUCUGUGAGUUCCUGAUGUGUGAACCGGUGACCGUCCCGUGUGGCCAUUCGUUCUGCCGGAGGUGUGUCGGGACCAGUCUGUCCGCGAGAUGCCCAAUUUGCAAAGAGAAGCUUAAGUCUCGGGACGUGAAAAACAUAAAAAAUAACGUUCUGCUGUUCAGCGUUAUUGAGAAGUGCUGCCCCGAGGAAGUGAAGCUGAAGUGCCGCUUACGGGAGCGACUGAAAGCCCGCGAGUUUGCGCAGGCUUUGCGGAUCGUGGAUGAAGGUUUGGAUAUAUACCCAGAGGACGUGAGUCUGAAGCUGUGGAGGGCAGAGGUGUUUGUGGGACUGCAGCGUUUCGCCGACGCGCUGCGGGAUCUGAGCGAUCUGUGCCGCCAGCGCCCUUCCUGGGCUGAGGGUUUUUUUCGGAAGGGGCGUGUCCUCCAGGACAUGGGGAGACACACAGAGGCUCUGUGCCAGUAUCAGCACUGCCUGCGCCUGCACCCCGAAUUCAGCACCGCCAGGAGCGAGGUCACCAAGAUCUUGGCGGCGGAGGGCGUGGCUGUGCCGGAGGACUCGCCGCAGUUACUGCCGCUGGUUUCGGAGUACCUGCGGGACCCCCGUCCCGUCGUCAGCGCAGUGGCGCCCUCCCAUGGAGACGGCUCAAAGCGCUCAGCAGACCAGGAAGGGGACGCGGGCAGGCAGGACGACGCGGCACAGGGCGUGGACGAGGCGAAGCACGGCACCAGCACUGAGUGCUGUCUGAGUCUGUGCCAGACCGUGUCCUUCCUCCCCAGCGCCGAGGAAGACGAGGAGCUGAUGAUGAGGAAAGAGGAACGAGGGAUGAGAGGAAGGGGCGGCCAGCGCAAAGAGAUUUCCCUCAGCGUGCUCACGGUCUCUGACUUUGAGUGCCCCCUGUGCAUAAGGCAGUUUUAUGAGCCAGUCAGCACGCCAUGCGGCCACACCUUCUGCAAGAGCUGCAUCGAGCGAAGCCUGGACCACAACCUCCACUGCCCUCUGUGCAAACAGCCGCUGCACGAGUACCUGAGGAACAGGAAGUACAUCGUGACGGUGCUCCUGCAGGAAGUGAUGUCGCAGCUCUUCCCCCAGCAGCUGGAGGAGAGGACUCAGGUGCACGAGGCGGAGAUCGCCGAGCUCUCCAAUCUGACGCAGGACAUCCCGAUCUUCGUGUGCACGGUGGCGUUCCCGGGCGUGGCCUGCCCGCUGCACAUCUUCGAGCCGCGCUACCGCCUGAUGAUGCGUCGCUGCGUGGAGACGGGCACCAGGAAGUUCGGCAUGUGCACCUACGAGCCGGGGAAAGGGUUCGCUGAUUACGGCUGCAUGCUGGACAUCCUGAGGCUGGACCUCCUGCCGGACGGGCGGUCCUUCGUGGACACCGUCGGGGGGAGCCGGUUCCGGGUCCUGAGGAGGAGCCAGAGGGACGGCUACCACACCGCAGACAUCGAGUACCUGGAGGACCAGAAGGUGGAGGGGGCGGAGCUCGAUCUGCUUAAGCGUCUCCAUGACAACGUGUACGAGCAGGCGCGGGAGUGGUACCGCAGGCUGAACGGGCGCAUACAGGACCAGGUCAGCCGGCAGUAUGGGCCCAUGCCCCAAAUGGAGGACGACAUUCAGGCUUCUCCAGACGGGCCUGUGUGGUGCUGGUGGCUCCUGUCGGUGCUGCAGCUGGACCCGUCCUAUCAGACCACCAUCCUGUCCCUGCCAUCCCUCAAGGACCGGCUGGGACACCUGCGCCUUGUCCUGGAGUACUUCUCCCAGGGCUAGUGCUCACCUGGGGUUCACCUGGGGUUCACCUGGGGCUCACCUGGGGCUCGCCUGGGGCCUACCUGGGGCUCAGCUGGGGUUCACCUGGGGUUCACCUGGGGCUCACCUGGGGCUCACCUGGACCUACAGGCUGUCCUGAACCCUGACAGACCUUGACAGACCCA